CAUGAACUAUAUCAGCUACUUCUCCCAGGCAAACGCCCUGGCGAUGGCAUCACGCGCAGUCGUCGUAACGUGUCCAUCCGUUAUAACCAGUCUGUAAUCCCGGAGCAGCGACUUGUCAACAGACGGAGCAGGACGCGGAGGACAGAGGGAAGGAGGCAGACUGGAGAGGAGCUGGUAGGCGUAUCGCCUCCCGGGACAAACCGCGGCACAGUGUGAAAGUAACUGUGGGAGGGGGACGGAGAUGCUCACCAUAGCGGAUCAGAGCGCUUCUUAACGACAAGGGGACAUGGUUUGAGACUGGUUUCCCAGCGGGAUUUAUCAUCCUUUUCUCUGAAGCUUGCUUUUUUUUCCUGACCCCAUAACCUGUUUAUCUAUAAAGCAGCGCGCACUGUUGUCCGGCGUCUCUCCUUGGAGAGAAGAGAGAGAGAGAGAGGUCAAGACAAAGUCACUUCUGUGGCUGAAAAAGCGAGGAACGACCGUUUAACAAAGCUCAUCUGAUUCUGCAGUUUCUUUUCGACCCGUUUGCACUCUUAUUAUCCAAUUUCUUACACCGAAGCUGAUCAAUCAUCUACCGACCAACAACCGGAGAGGAUUAUUUUUCCCCAACCAAGUGCAGAUCAAAUGCAAAAGAGACGCGAAUGAGUGAAAUGUUAUGUGGGGUGCAGGGAUGACAGCUGCUGAAUGGGGGAGCAAAGAGCACCUUUAGGGGAGCUUAAAGUGGAGACCGGCCGUGCCCGAUUUCACCGAGUACACCGAGACGUUCCCUCACUCUCCCUGUUCCCUGCUUGUCCUCUUUAAGUAGACAUUGGAUACCAGCAACAUUAACCCCCUGACGGCUGGGUAUUUUCCUUUAAAUGACCGAUUAACGGAGUCUUAACGGAAACGCGGGGAGCCUGUGGAGACCAAAUGGGUGCGCAACGCGGCGGUGCGCCGGUUUAACGGCGUUUUUUUUUUCUUCCACGCUCACACUUCUGUCCCAGUGGAUCAGCGGCGGACACUGGAUUUGUGUAGGUUAUAAGCUGCCACCGGUACCCGCACCCGGGCUUUCUAUGCAAACUCAACGGGAACUAAAUUGAAACGCUUCGCUUGCCCCAUCAUCACUCCAGGAGCCCCGCACAGCGCGGUCAGCUUUGCGCGGCGCAAGACCAAAAAGAAAAGUGGAUAUAAUUUCUUACUUUGGUUUGAGAAAUUGUUUGACCAGGAGAAGGAUUAUUUAACAAAUUCUUUACCGAGUGGAGUUCUUCACUUGGUUUGGCAAGGUGGGGGAGAUAACCGGAGGAGAAACAGCCUCUACCUAACCGGAGAGGAGGAGAGGGGGACGCGCAGAUCUUUGGAUCCAUCUCCCUGGGCCAUAUCUCUCUUUUCAGCCCGUCUACCACUCACAAUGUGUCUUCAUGUUGAAUCUAAAUAAAUCACAGCACACCAGCUAGAGUUGCCCUGUUCCCAGUGGAGGAUAAUGGAACGGCUGUGGUUCUCUCUGCUGUUGCUGGCAGCAGCAUGCAGGGGACAGCCGUGUCCGAAACGCUGUAUGUGCCAGAGCCUUUCUCCGUCGCUCGCUAUCCUCUGUUCCAAGACAGGCUUGCUCUUUGUUCCUGCUGCCAUUGACCGACGCACCGUGGAGCUACGGCUUCAAGAGAACUUCAUUACAGCUGUCCGAAGAAAGGACUUUGCCAACAUGACCAGCCUGCUACAUCUGACAUUGUCCAGAAACACCAUCAGUCAGAUUCUGCCCUCGGCUUUCACUGACCUGCGGCGACUCAGAGCACUCCACCUAGACUCUAAUAGAUUAACUGUGAUCAAGGAUGACCAUUUCAAAGGCCUGACCAACCUUCGUCACCUGAUUCUGGCCAACAACCAGCUCCACUCAAUAUCUCCCCAUGCCUUUGAUGACUUCCUGUCCACACUGGAGGAUCUCGACCUCAGUUAUAACAAUCUUGCCCAAGUGCCCUGGGACACAAUUGGGCGUCUAACCAAUGUCAAUACCCUAAAUAUGGAUCAUAAUCUCAUAGAAAAUGUUCCCCAAGGAGUAUUUACCAACCUACACAAACUGGCCAGGCUAGACAUGACAUCCAACAAGCUGAAGAAAAUUCCCCCGGACCCGUUGUUCCUGAGAAUUCCAGUUUAUGCCAAGUCCAAAGGCUCCCCCCUCUCCUCCCUGGUGUUGAGUUUUGGUGGCAACCCCCUUCACUGUAACUGUGAACUUCUGUGGUUGAGAAGACUGACCAGAGAAGAUGACCUGGAGACAUGCGCCUCUCCCCCUGAUCUCAGUGCCAAGUACUUCUGGACAAUACCUGAAGAGGAGUUUAUCUGUGACCCACCAGUUCUGACCCGUAAGUCACCUCAUACAGUGGCUAUGGAAGGACAGCCCGCCAGCCUGAAAUGCAAAGCAAAUGGUGACCCAGAGCCUGAAGUACACUGGAUCAGCCCUGAAGGUCGACUUAUAUCUAAUGGCUCUAGAACGAUGGUUUUCCCUAAUGGAAGCCUGGAGAUCAAUGUAACAUCCCUGAAGGAUUCAGGAAACUUCACCUGCAUUGCUUCCAACGCAGCAGGUGAAUCCACAGGAAGGGUGGAGCUAGUUGUCACAGCGAUGCCCCAUCUGGCAAACAGCACAAGCCGCAGUCGAGACCCGUCCUCUGAACCUGCCCCCUCCGACAUCCUAACCUCCUCUAAGGUGCCUAACAAUGAGACAAGAGGUGCAGACCGGAGGGUCUCAUUGGUGGAGCUGACAGGAAACUCAGCUCUCAUUAGAUGGAGCAGUCAAACACCUACAUCUGGAGUCAGGAUGUUCCAGGUCCAGUACAACAGCUCUGGAGAUGACACAUUGGUUUACAGGAUGAUUCCAUCCAGCAGCAAUGACUUCCUGGUUCGGGACCUCGCCGCAGGGCGCACCUACGAUCUUUGUGUCCUGGCCGUGUUUGAUGAUGUCGUCACAUCACUGACUGCAACACGUCCUUUGGGCUGUCUGACAUUCACUACAGAUACAGAGUUCAGCCAGUGCCAAGCACUGCACAGCCACUUCCUGGGUGGCACUAUGAUCAUUAUCAUUGGUGGGAUUAUUGUCGCCUCUGUGCUGGUUUUUAUUAUCAUCUUAAUGAUACGAUACAAAGUUUACAGCAACCAAGGGGCAGGCCAUGGAAAAGCAGCCAUUGCAGCAACUGGGGCGAGACCACAAAGCAAUGGACAAGGAGGAGGCGGUCAGGUUCAAGUCCUCCCUCACUCUGCCUCAAAAAUGCCUGACAGUCGGGAUGACCAAGCGUCGUCUAUGGCCAUGUCACCUAGCAACACUACGAGAGACACUGUGGCAUUGGUUGAAGAGGAGAGCAGUGGACGGAGCAUCAUGACAAGGACUGACUCCUUGGCCAAUGAGGAGUUGCUCUCACCCACCAAGGCCCGCUUCUCCCCAAGGGUCACCAUUGAGAUGAAAAGCAGACCGCCAUCUGUUGCCAAAGAGCCCACCUCCCCCAAGGAACUGGCAGAACCCUGAUGUUGUUGUUCUGAGUGGGAGAUGUGGAGAAUGAACGUCACCACCAGGGAGAAGCUGGUGAAAACUGAAGAAAAAAAAAGGCCCUAUAGCUCCUCUCCCAUUAUUUCCUGUUUACUGUACCCAUUACUUUGUUUCCACGGAUAUCAUGGGGUUAUAGACCUGUACUGUCUGGUUUACUUUUAACUGCUAAUCUUGGUUCUCAUGUCUGGAUUGGACGACCGUGUUAAGGUCUGGAAUCUGUUUGGCUAUUGACUUGGCCAGUUCCUGCAGGAUCCAGUUUUUCUUGUCAUCAAAUGCUCAAGUGGACGUAGAUAAUUGUAAAAGAUCGACACAAAAGAGGCAUGUGGAUGUGUCACGUAGUAAGAAUGGAUUGAAUAUAUGAACUUCCCACCAUCUGGAGAAGCAUCAACAUGCGCAGGCAGUGGAUGGUAAAAACAAACAAGUUGGAUGCAUAGAUAAUCACGCUCAACCUGGAUAUACAAUAUGUUAGACUGCACAAACAAAGGGAAUAAACAAACACACAGAAGCCUCUGGAUGGGUCUGGUUUGGGAUAUGAACAUGUAACUACAAACACAGAAACAACUCACUGUUUCUGCAACUAAACUCUAAGUGGGUCCACUUUAUUAAUCCAUGAGGAAUAAUGGAAUCCUGCUACAUUGACCUGAGCUGAUCAUAGCUUGGAUGAACUGGAGCUGGAUCGUAACCUUGACUUGACCAUGCUUUCUCCCAAUCUCAAGUCUGUUUCGGGACAUGCAAGGGAACUUGAACUGGUUUGAUCUGGAUAGAUCUGAAUAAUCUUGGACCCAAUGGAGCCUAAAGUGGAGUUGCACAAUGCUAAAGGAUUCAGUGAUCAGAUGCAGACUAAAACUGGACUAGAGAGGCCUAUUAUCUUUUGGUCCAGUCUGUGUGUCCCACUACGCUGGUCAAAUAUCUAUUGCUCUCCACUGGAUGGGACUGGUGAGGACCUUGCGGACCUUUACCAGCCUCUCUCUAAGCCCACUUAACCAGACCCAGUGAUCAGGAGGAAUGCCACGUGUCUCAAGUCAAGAGGGAAACAGACAAAAUAGCAGGAUAUCAGCCAAAUCACUUUAAUUCCAGUCUGGAAUUCAUUCAUUGAUAAUCAUCAUCAUCAUCACUGAAAGAGUUCACAGGUACAGAAGUCUACACUGAAAAUCGAAAUACGUAAAUGUGAAGAAAAACACUUUAUGACUGUACCUCCUGCAUUAAGCAUUAGGUUGCAUCAUGACAUCUUCAUUACCACAAAGAAGUGCUUUUGCGUGCACACAGCAUGACUGAUAACAGGCAACGUCUCGCAUAUUUCUAAAGAGGUAUCUAUCUUCAUAUGUGUCUGACAGAUAUCCUUUUAUAUUAAUCAUCAGAAUAAAAACACUGUCCCAUCGCAUCUCCCAUUGUUCUCUAUGCGCUGACCCAGAUUCCAAGCUGGUUAUUGUGAGCGGAUCAUGCGGUACACAGGUGCCCGAGAUAUGUAUGUAUCCGCAUGUGUGUGCACGUAACUGCAAACACGGCAACUCCCCAGUGUCAUCAUUAUCAUUACAAUCACAAUUGUUGUGGUUCCCUGCAGAGAUGCAAGUUGGCAGAAGAGAAAAUAGACAGAGAACCUCAGACCUUUUGACCCAUACCAGAAGAAACACACCCAGAAAGAAAAAAAAGAAAAAAAAAAACACAAAUGCUUUGUCGCUUUGUCUUCACUUUUCUCCUUCUGUGUUCUCCUUCUUUUUUUUUCUUUGGGCUUUAUCUUUUGUAUGUGUACAUAAAGCAAUUUCAAAUCUUAUAGUUUUGUACAUGUAAUUUUUAUGGUGUGUGGAAAUUUUCUAAUAAAAUAAAACAAAAAAUGGAUGACUUUCUCCUAGACUGGCUGCUUUGUUUCUUACUUCCUGUGAUGUAGUUGUCUGCCUGUCACA